CAAUUUAUACAAACCAAACAUUCCUUGGCAGAUUCUUUCCAAAAACAAUAAUGGAAUAUAAUCAUUUCAUUAAAACCAGUUAAACACCAAUCCUAAGGAAAAUGUUUACACGUAGACUAUUAAAUACUAUAAAAACAAUUUAUAGAGUGCAUAGGACGAUUAGACAUAAACUACGCGUAGUUUCACCGGUUACAUUACCCUUUCUCACGCAAGUCUCCUGCGAAGUAAACCAAAAAGAAGAUGAAGAGAAAUUGGGACAUGAAUUUCUCAUUCGCCAGGCAACUACUGUCAAUGUAAAUGCUGCCACCCAGCUACUCACUGUGACUAUGGUUGCUAUACAGGACACGAGCGAGAGAUUAAGAGAAGCACUGUCCAAGGAAAUCUGCUUAGUAAAGCAAGCACUAGAAUGGGGAGAAGAUAGCACUCCUCCUCAACACUGGGAUCAGCUGGUUGCAGUGCGAGGGUCUCUCUGUGAUCUUAAACAUAAUCUUAGGGUUCUUUUGAGUUAUAUGGAUUAUGCAGAAAAACUAGCAACAGUUGCUGCAGAAAUAUCUUAUUUGUCUGGUAACAUUGCUGCAUCAGAUGCUAUUUGUGAGAGAAUAGACCAUGCAUGCAGGAGCUGUAACGCACAGAAGCAGCAGACGCAUGCGCUGCAGCAGGAGUCGCUGGAGCUGCAGCAGCAGGCCAUUGCUGCCGCCCCACAGCUGCAAGAGAAACUGGUUGAACAACCUUCACAAGCUGUUAAACAGUGAUUGUGCUACUUA